AUGAUAGCGAAGCCGCGGGGUCAAGAUGAGACCGACGUUCUCUCCCAGGAAAAAGGCGAGAAUUGUAGUCAAGAACAAGCUCCAGUGGAUGUGACGGGCGUAGACGCCUUACCGAGUCCACCUAAACCCGACGAUGUUCCAGAUGGAGGUGCGUUGGCCUGGCUGCAAGUGGCAGGGGCCUACCUAUUAUUCUUCAAUUCCUGGGGCAUCAUCAAUACAUUUGGAGUCUACCAGACAUACUAUGAAACGAUCGGGUACCCGAACCUCUCGCCAGACACGAUCUCGUGGAUCGGCUCAACACAGUCCUUCCUGAUUUUGUUGGUGGGCGUCAUCGCAGGCCCGUUGUACGACAUGGGCCUCUUCAGGGCGUUGGUUAUCACUGGCAGUAUAUCCAUCGUGCUCGGCUGGAUGUUCACCAGUCUCUGUACGGCGUACUGGCAAAUCAUGCUGUCGCAAGCCGUGCUGAUAGGCGUCGGGACGGGGCUUCUGUACAUUCCGUCGCUGGCCCUAUUGCCGAGAUACUUUUCCAAGAAACGAGCUCUUGCAACGGGCAUCGUGACGUCCGGCAGCAGUCUCGGGGGAACGCUCUAUCCUAUUAUCUUCCAGCAGCUCCAGCCCACGAUAGGUUUUGGAUGGGCAACGCGCGUCAUCGGAUUCGUCAGCCUUGGAACUUGCCUCUUUGCAAUCAGUGUGUUGCGUCCCCGAGGUGGAUCGACGGCGAGGCGGUCGCUGGUCGACCUUCACGCUUUCACUGAGAUGCCGUAUGUGCUUUAUUGUGCUGCCAUCAUGGCAAGUUAUUUCGGAUACUUCGAGCCGGUCUUCUACAUCCAGUCGUACGCGUUGAGCCAUGGGGUUCAACAUGGCACGCUGGCGCUCUACCUUGCCGCCAUCCUCAAUGCGGCCUCGGUCCCAGGUCGAAUAACGCCGUCUUACUUUGCUGGGAAGAUCGGGCCCGUCAAUACCAUGUUGAUAGCGACAACGAGCUGCGCCCUGGUCACCUUUUGCUGGAUCGCUGUGCACGGUGCUGCUGGGAAUGUUGCGUUUGCAAUCGCUUGGGGAUAUACGUCUGGUGGGAUCAUAUCGAUGCCUGCCGUUAUCCUGGCGUCGAUCACCACAGAUAUGAGCAGAUUCGGCACACGGAUGGGCAUGUCGUCUGUACUGAACGGCAUUGCAUCCUUGUGCGGCAGUCCAAUUGCAGGAGCAAUUCUGAAGCACACGGGCAGUUACUUGGGUGUCCAGCUCUUCUCGGCGCUCGCUCUUACAGCUACCGUGGGUUUCUUGUUGGGCUUGAGGCUCUACCGGACCGGGUGGCAGUUUGCCGUUAAGACAUGA